CUUACAGAUGUCAUCCCUAAAACUACUGUAAAAUUUUAAUGAGAAUGUUUUAUAUUAUAGGAAUAGAAGAUGAACAAACCCAUAACACCAUCAACAUAUGUGCGUUGCCUCAAUGUUGGACUAAUUAGAAAGCUGUCAGAUUAUAUUGAUCCUCAAGAAGGAUGGAAGAAGCUAGCGGUAGCUAUUAAAAAACCAUCUGGUGAUGAUAGAUACAAUCAGUUUCACAUAAGGAGAUUUGAAGCAUUACUUCAAGCUGGAAAAAGUCCCACUGGUGAAUUACUGUUUGACUGGGGCACCACAAAUUGCACAGUUGGUGAUCUCGUGGAUCUUUUGAUCCAAAAUGAGUUUUAUGCCCCUGCGAGUCUUUUGCUACCAGAUGCUGUUCCCAAAACUGUUAAAACACUGCCUUGUAAAGAAGCUGUAACAGUUGAGCAGAAUCAGAUGCCUCUCUGUGACAAAGACAGGGCAUUUGUGAUACCUGUGCUGAAUCCUGAACAAAAUUAUAUGCCACCUGACUCCUCAAGUCCAGAAAGCUUAGAAGUUAGCGAUACACGUUUUCACAGUUUUUCAUUUUAUGAAUUAAAGGAUGUCACAAAUAACUUUGAUGAACGACCCAUUUCUGUCGGUGGCAACAAAGUGGGAGAGGGCGGAUUUGGAGUUGUUUAUAAAGGCUAUGUGAACAACAGAACUGUGGCUGUGAAGAGGCUUGCGGCAGUGGUUGACAUUAGUACUGAAGAACUGAAACAACAGUUUGAUCAAGAAAUAAAAGUAAUGGCAAAGUGCCAACAUGAAAAUUUAGUAGAGCUACUUGGCUUCUCAUGUGAUGGAGAUGACCUCUGCUUAGUAUGUAUUUACAUGCCUAACGGUUCACUGCUAGACAGACUGUCUUGCUUGGAUGACACUCCACCACUUUCUUGGCACAUGAGAUGCAGGAUUGCUCAGGGUGCAGCUAAUGGCAUCAGUUUUUUACAUGAAAACCAUCAAAUUCAUAGAGAUAUUAAAAGCGCAAAUAUCUUACUAGAUGAAGACUUUACAGCCAAAAUAUCUGACUUUGGGCUUGCACGAGCUUCUGAGAAGUUUUCCCAGACAGUCAUGACCAGCAGAAUAAUGGGAACAACAGCUUAUAUGGCACCUGAAGCUCUGCGAGGAGAAAUAACACCCAAAUCUGAUAUCUACAGCUUUGGUGUGGUUUUACUAGAAAUAAUAACUGGACUUCCAGCAGUGGAUGAACACCGGGAACCUCAGUUAUUGCUAGAUAUUAAAGAAGAAAUUGAAGAUGAAGAAAAGACAAUUGAAGAUUAUAUUGAUAAGAAGAUGAGCGACAUUGACUUAACUUCCAUUGAAACUAUGUACUCUGUUGCCAGUCAGUGUCUGAAUGAAAAGAAAAAUAAGAGACCAGACAUUAAGAAGGUCCAACAGCUGCUGCAAGAAAUGACAGCUUCUUAAAACUUCAGUAGAACAGACUCUUGGCUUUUUUAUAUACAGCUAUCAAAACCAUUUUUUAAACUAAAUGUUUUGGAUAAACAUUCUUUUUUACCUUUAACAAGGAAGCAUGGUGUGGUGCGGUGGUUACUAAUGUGUAUGUAGAAAUCUCAACAUAUAGAACAGAAGGAGAGCUGCCAUAUCAACACUUAGCCCUACCUUCUUAGUUCUUGCAGUAAUCCCUGAGAAGACAUCUUGGAACCUCAGCAAACACAAUUUGAAAACGACAGGAUUAGCAAAAAAGAGGACAACUAUAGAAUCAAAAGACCCUGGGCUAAGGCCCAACUCCACUGCUAAUUUUCUGUAAAGCUAUGGCAAUCUCUUAGCUGCUUUGAACCUUGGUUUUUUUCACCUGUAACAUUGGACUAAUACCUACUGUGCCUCUCUGACUGGUAGUCAUGAAAAUCAAAGGAUGCGGAAUGUUUACAAGUAUACUUUGUAACUUAUAAAGUGAUAUAAAAUUUAAAGUUUAUAUAGAUGAUUAUAAAUUUUUUUACAGUCAUUUGUUUAUAGGGUCAUGUUCACAGUGUGCUGUUUUAAGCAAUUACUCACUACAAGCCAAACAUUCCCAGAUGAUACUCUAAUGAUAUGAACAUAAUUAGAUUAUGUUAUGCAGCAAAGUUGAUGUAAUUUUGCAGAUGCAGUUAAGGUUCCUAAUUAGCUGACUUUGAGUAUCAACACAGAGACUGGGCUGGGUGGGCCUGACCUAAUAAGGUGAGCUCCUGCAAGAAGUCUGAGCUUCUCCUGUGGGCCUUGAAGAAGGAAGCUACCAUCUUGUAAAAAGGUCACAUUGGCUAAGACCUAAGGCUGGCCUCUUAGGUUUUAGCUACUUUCUGGCUGUCAGCCAGCAAGAAAAACUGGGACCUCGGAUGCAUAACCACAAGCAUCUGAAUUCUUCUAACAGCCUCAAUUAGCUUAGAAGAGUACUGCAGACUUCAGAUGAUACCAUAGCCCCAGAUGACACCUAAAUUUCAGCUUUGUGAGACUCUUAGUAGUGAAUCUAGCUGAGCUGUGCCUGUAUUUCCGACAUAAAGAACUGUGACGUAAUAAAUGAGUUGCUAUAAGCCACUAA